CGAUUAAUCUUCGUUUGAAAUGAUUAUUUCCUAUCUUCUUGCUUCAUUAAGGAAUUGCCUUGAUUUCACUUACCAUGGUUACUAUGGUUGACAACCACUAUGAUUUUCACAUAUUUAUACUCCGGCGGAGUAUAAAUGUUUUAUUUAUACGCCGGCGGAGUUAUAAGUAGUACUUAUACGCCGCUCAAACACGGUGUCAUAGAAAUGACACUUAAACCCCUGUAAGAGCGUCAUAUAAGUGUCAGUUAUAUGACGUUUGAAAAGAAAUUAAUAUUUAUGUGACAUUUUUAUUAUUAUUAUUACAUGCUCGAUGCAAAAUACGUAUGAAGUAAAGCAUGCACAAUAUUAUCCGUUUACGAUCUUUAUACAAGGUGAUUGCGAAAUACAUGCAAAAAAAACGAGGAAUAGCUCACAAUAUGAUUAUGUCACUGGGUAAAAUUCACAGUCCUAAGUGGUAGCAGUGUCUAGAAAAAAUUAUUGAAACAGAGCGACUCGGAUUAAGAACCAAGACUUUAUCAGGCACUUUUUUAAUCGCAACGUGAAAAACACGAAAAGGGCCAGUCAUCAUCGAACAGUCGGUGAAAGCGCUUUAUGGUGCAGUUUUCCCAUGCAGAGUGUGUCGAUAUGGUAAUUGGUGUGCGCGAACAUUUGCAUCAUUGGUACAGCGUCUCCGAGAUCAUGGUACCUUAAACUUCAAACUCACGAUCGUGGCUGUGAUAGGACAGAAAGAAGAAGUUGGAUUUUCACAGCUUGUAGUGCAUCCUACAUUAAAAGAACACGGCCACAUCCAUACCAUGUUGACAAAGUACAGGGUUUGGAGCCCGCUGAUUGUCCACGUUUUGUAACUCACUUUUUGUUCGAUGAAACUCCACAUGCUCGUCAACAAGUAUGAUUUCAAGAGACGGUUUUCGAUAAAUGUGUAUCGGUUGGAUUAAACAGUUGGUUUGUGGAAAUCAACAGUGUCCAGAAAUUAUCGAAGAGCCUAUCACCAAACAUCUUGCGACGCUCUGACGCCUGUAUGGCUAGUCAAUGACAACAUUUUCAACAUUUUUUAUAAAAAGGUAGUAACCUUCUAAGUUGCUCCUAUUUUUUUUUUAAUAAACAAUGUAAAAUCGUUGUCAUACAUCUGUCAGAAUCAAAAGUUGGAUCAUCAUGAAGGAUUAUCAAAAAAUGUUCGCACUGACCUUUAACGAUCAAUGACUAAAUGAAUGAACGAAUGAUAAGCAGCAAAUAGUCGGUUUUACUUUUAAUUGAAACUGAAACUCUCUUUGCAAAGUGGCUCAGUGCCUUCGUAUCGAGGGUGGUUCAUGGGGGUUUUGCCCCAUUCGAAUUUUAAUUUGUUUUUUUUUUUAUAUUUCGGCUUAACUUGGGUGGGGGAUGCCGUGGUUGAAAUUAUUGCAUAUAUUUCGCACUCACCCUGUGUAUUUAAGGUUUCAUAGAGAACUAUAUGCGAUUAAAAAGAACAAUCUCAAAGAUCUUAGAAAAAUUGGAAACAAUGGUUAUUUGACGAUACUUGUUAAUUGAUCUAUAAAGUAUUAAGUAAUAAAUUAAAGAUGUAUAAUACAGGUUUAUCAAUUAACUAAUUAAUUUUUUAAUUGCUGAAUUCCAUCGUUUUGGAGAGUAUAUCAAUAUUAUCGUUUACUGUUAUAUACCUACUGCAAUUACGUUCUAUGUGAUCUACAAAGUUAUAGUCAGAAAAACUGUCUACAUUUGUUGAGCUGAAUGGAAAUGCGGGGAACAGACAGAAAACGAAAACGGAGAAAGAUGUAUAGAUCUAUGUGUAGAGAACCACCUAAUAAGUAGUUUAGAGCACAAUCAAAAUUCACACAAGAUUUGUAACAAACUCAAAUCGAAUACCAAAACGAACUAGAGAAGAUGUAGAUGUAAGUACCUAUAGACAAAUAAAAACGAUGAUAAUGUGGCGAAAGAACAAGGUCACAAAAUAGAACGGAAUGGACGAAAAAUCGAACCAGUCAAAAGCUAUAACUACCUGGGAAUAUCAAGAAAAUGCAAUGCAAAAAUCGACAAAGAAAUAAUAGAGAGAAUAAAAAAAAUCUUUCGACUAAAAUUAUUACUCUGCCGUUUUCCUCGUGGUUACUUUCUUGUAAACUUUGUUCAACUUUCAAAUAGUAAGUAUGCAGAUUUAUAUUUGAUGUUUUACGGGUAAUGAGAAACCGUUUUCUGUUAAUCGUAUUUGUUUUAUUGCUUAGACGUAUAGAAAACUAUCGAUUCCACUUUAACCGCCAUUACACUGGUUAAUAUUAGAUGGAAAAAGUUUUUGAAUUGAAAAAACCCAUAUUAUCCUAGUUACGGUUUAACGUCCACGUGUUUCUGUUCAGUGUGGGUCUUCUUCUGACACUAAAAGCAGUCGCUGUUGUGGUACAAGAUGAAUUACGAAGAUUACAUGAAGAUUUGUCGGUUUUUAGUGAUCGAUGUGUACCAUUUAAAAUGUUUGCAGUUAGUGCUAUUUUUGUCCAAACUAGGUGCAAUUUUUUUGGUGGUCGUUCAAACCUAUCAAUUUUUAGCUCGAUUCGAAGUCGAUUAUUUCGUUCAGGAUGGGCCGUCAUAUUUCAUUGGACUAUAUGUACUAACCUGUCUAUUAGCACAACCUUUGGUAACAGAGACAGUAGAAUCGAUAGCAGAAAGUGUGGAGCAAAACACUUCGCAAACCAUCAUGAAAUCCGUUCCAAAAAGAGCAAAAAAAAGUGCCUUCUACUCCUUCAUCUAUGUGGUCUGGACUACGAUGACUUCCGUACUAGUGGCAAUUUCGUUAAUGAUUCCAACCAAAGACGACGAUGAUUUUUUCUUUCUUUUCAAACUAGCAAACAUGUACCUGCCAAAAUGGAGCAAUUUUUUUAAAUUUCUUUACAGGUGUUUAGCUAUUCCCUUAACGUACGUGAGCGCAACUAUAGCUUGCUUCAACAUAUUGUACUCAUUUCAAGUUGUCAACCUUCAAGUUCAGAGGUGCCUGCAACAAAUAAAAACAAUUAAUGCUACAAAAGCAACGAACCAGAGGGAAAUCACCAGAAAUCUGAAAACUUUGCUAAAUUCGUUUUUAUUCAGCGAGAAUAGUGCCUGGGAGGCAGCAAAACGAACGCAGUUUAUAAUUUUGCCGCUGAAAAUCAUGGGUUCUGCGCUCAUGAUGAGCAUCGUUGUCUUUUAUUUUUGGGUAAAAUCACAGUUUCUUUUUUUUUAAGUGAAAACCAAAUUAGUUUGAGGGUUCGCUAAGGGAUCAGUACUUUCGUAUCUGCUCCAUCACAAUUAUGUCGUUUACUGCACUAUUGGGGACUGCAUGGGCUGGCCAAGCUAUCGAAGAUUAUGUAAGAACAGAAAAUACACUGGCCACUUUUUUGCGUUGAAAACAGAUUAAUUUAUUUCAUUUUAAUUCGACUGUAACGUUUCUCCGGCUGGCGUCAAAAUUUGAUUUUUUGAAAUUUAACAAUUUUGUAGAAAACUGAAAUAUUCAACGCUUUAGUUGAAGUCGAGUGGUACGUCUGGGACGAAUUCAACAAGAAAAUGUAUUUGAUGCUGCUGAUAUCUUUGUCGAAACCGAUUAAAAUAAAAUUUUCCGAAAAUAUUUCCGUUAACUACGAAAUGGGGGUCCAGGUGAGUAUAUCACGUGAAUGAACAUACAAGCGAAAAUCAAAUUGUUUGGUUACAGAUGGCAAAAGCUUUUUUCUCUACGGUUUCCGUGAUGGAAAGACUGCAUAAAUCAAAGUCGGGCAGUUUCUGAAUGGGCGAUUUUUGGGACUAACUAACUUUCAACUUAUUUGUAGCUAUAGUUGCUUAAAACUUUGUUAAAUAAUUGUUUGUAUUUCAGUAACUAUUUUUCUGAGCAGUUAUCGAUACGUAAUGGGCGUACAAUAAAAGUUUAAUUGGG